AUGGCGGCCCCGUCACCUGAGACGAAGAAGAGAAACAAGGCAAGCCUUUUCCCGGAAAUACAAAGGCGCCAACAAUGGUGUUCGACUUACACAAAAGCUAACAACCCUUUGCAGCUACGCACUUUCUUCACCUACUUUGAACUUCUCUUCUAUGCCAACCCGACAUGGAUCGACAUUCUUCUCCUUGUCGUAGGAACACUUACGGCUUGCGCCGCCGGUGCUCCGUUCCCUCUGAUGGGCAUCAUUUUUGGUCAACUCGUCAACGACCUCAAUACUGCAUCCUGCGAUAAUGGCGAAGUCGUGUCCCAGUACUCGCCAAAAGAACUCCAAGACAGCAUCAACAAGAAAGUUGUCAUGAUCACAUGGAUUGGCGUAAUCAGCUUUGCACUUAUCUACACGUACAUCGUAUCGUGGUCUAUCUUUAGUCGCCGUCUCGAGAACCGCAUUCGCGAUCGCUACUUCAUGAGCAUCCUGCUGCAAGAUGCGACCUUCUUUGACAAGAGGCAGGCUGGAGAAAUCACUUCCCGUCUCAAUACCGAUAUCCAGGCAAUCCAGUCUGGUACUUCCGAGAAGGUCGGUAUUAUCAUGGGAUGUACAUCAUUCUUCGUCUCAUCGUAUGUCGUUGCAUUUGUCAAGAAUGUCACACUCGCAGGUAUUCUUGUAUCACUUGUGCCUGCUUUCAUGCUGCUUGCAAUCGUGGGCAGCAUGUUUACUGCAAAGUUUGCGACGGCUAUGUCUGAAAAGAUCGCAUCUGCCUCUUCAAUCGCCUCGGAAGCUCUUGCAAACAUUCCCGUUGUACAGGCCUUUGGCGCAGGUCCUCGACUAGAGGCCAUCUUUGCCGAAAGAAUGAAGGGAGCAAGAAAGCAAGGAAUCAACAAGGCCUUUGUUGCUGCUGUCCAGGCUGGAUUGCUUUACUUUAUCGCCUACUCAGCAAACGCUCUUGCUUUCUGGCAGGGCAGUGGGCAGAUUGCUGAUAUGGUUGAGGGCAAUAGCGACACCUCUGUGGGUGAUAUUUAUACUGUUAUCCUCUUGCUAGUUGAUGCUUGCGUUGUUCUCGGCGGUAUUGCCCCCUUGCUACCACUCGUUGGGGCUGCUGUUGGAUCUUUUGAAAAACUUCGCGAAGAUAUGGAUAGCCCAGCUACUAUCGAUACAGGAUCCAGCAACGGAGAGAAGCUCGCAUCGAUAGAAGGCACUGUGUCUUUCAGAAACGUCUCUUUUGCUUAUGUCUCACGACCUCACCACACCGUGCUGAAAAACGUUUCCUUCGAAUGUCCUGCUGGCAAGCACACUGCCCUUGUCGGUCUUUCUGGCAGUGGUAAGUCUACCGUUGCUGGACUCACAUCUCGAAUCUAUGAUCCCACCGAAGGUACAGUUCUUCUCGAUGGACAUGAUGUAAAGGACCUUAACGUCAAGGGCCUGAGAAGUCACAUGAGUCUCGUACAACAAGAGCCCUCUCUCCUAGAUCGGUCAAUCGUUGAGAAUAUUGCCCUUGGUAUUUUGAACUCGGCUCAACCUGAACACAAGAGAUUCAAAGUUACAAUCCUGGGCACUGGCCUUGCUGACCUUGCCGCUAAGCUCCGCCAAGGCGAUAGUCUGGUGACGGCAGCGCAAGGUUUCGGCCAGGAUAUGGUUGAUCUGGUUGAUCGUGUUCAGGAGGCUGCUCGACUUGCCGAUGCAUCUGGCUUCGUUGAUAGACUCGAGUAUGGGUACGGAACACUGGUUGGUACUGGUGGAAAGCUAGUAAGCGGUGGCCAAAGACAGCGACUUGCACUUGCUAGAGCCUUGAUUCGUGAUCCUAAGAUUCUCAUCCUGGACGAGGCCACCGCUUCCCUUGACUCAGCAAGUGAGCACCGCAUCCAGAUGGCCAUCGAAUCCAUUGCCGAGAACCGUACCGUCAUUGCAAUCGCCCACCGUCUAUCCACCAUCAAGAAUGCUGAUAACAUCAUCGUUAUGAACAAUGGUGAGAUCAUAGAGCAAGGAAAUCACCUCGAGCUGAUGGCUCUGAACGGCUCAUAUGCCAGUAUGGUUCGCUUGCAGACAGUUGACUCAGAGGAUGCUGGAUCUACCACAAGCACUGUCCGCACUGAUGGUGUCUUCUCCGAGAAAGACUCUCUCGUAGACCUCAAGGUCAGGGAUAUAGAGAAGGAAGAAGCAGGUGUGUCCAAGGAGGAGGAAGCUAAAGAGAAAGACACAGCCCUUGAGGCAGACGCCGCUCUUGACUCGAAUAAAUCUGCAUGGGUCGUCACAAAGACCAUUGGCGGCAUGGUACGACCCUAUCUCCUCCUCAUCGUUGUCUGCCUUUUUGCAGCUACUAUUGUUGGGCUCACCUUCUCUUCGUCUGGUCUGAUCUUCGGUUAUACUAUCGACAACCUGAGUCCCUGCAACCCCGCUGAAGAUAUCCGGUGGGCAGGCAAGUUCUUUGGAGGCAUGUGGUUUCUGAUUGCUUGCGUCGAGCUGUUGGCCAAUACCACAAGCUGGACCGGUUUCGGCAUGGUUGCAGAGAAGUUGCUGUACAAGAUUCGAGUUCUCUGUUUCCGCUCUCUGUAUGAACAGGAUCUUGACUGGCAUCAGUCGGAAGGCCGUACUCCAACUGCACUCCUGUCUGUCAUUACUUUGGAUGCUGCAGCAGUUGGAGGGUUCAGCGGCUCUAUUAUUGGUACCAUCUUCUCUAUCGUGGUCAACUUCUUGGUUGCCAUCAUCCUUUCACACAUUCUUGCUUGGAAAAUUGCGAUUGUAUGCUUGGUGAUUGUGCCUAUCCUUCUGGGUUGUGGCAUUAUGCAACUUCGAUCGCUGUCCAAGUUUGAGCGUCGUCACGCUGGGGCUUUCUCUGGUGCCGUUGGCAUCGCUAACGAGGCUGUCAAUUCAUUCAAGACCAUCUCUUCCUUGUCUAUUGAAGAAGAAGUCAUGAGCUCCUACCGACGUGCUCUCAGAGCGCCCCGGAAGGAGAUAACUCUAGCUUCGAUGUACGCCAACUUGUGGCUUUCCCUGGCCAACAGCACUGGAAACUUGAUAUAUGCCUUUGCGUAUUGGUGGGGGUCAACGCGGAUUACUGCAGGCGAGGCUAGCCAGAGAGAGUUCUUUAUAAUUCUCAUCUGCAUGCUUGUCAGUGCACAGCUUUGGGGCCAAAUGUUCAGUCUUGCGCCUGAAGUAUCUCGAGCCAGAGCUGCCGCUUCGCGUAUUCUGAGUCUGAUCAAUCUCGGAUCUUCCAGAGACGAGGCCAAGAAAGGCAAGCUUACACUUGCUCUCGAGAAUACCAAAAGAGAUGUCGAAGCUUGUGCUGAAGCUUCUGCAAAGAGCAGCGGCGGCGGCAAGGGGGCAACCAUCGUUUUCAAAGAUGUCAAAUUCUCAUACCCGGCUCGACCUCAUAUUCAGAUCUUGACAGGCAUGUCGUUCACCAUCUCUUCUGGUCAGUUUGUUGGUCUUGUAGGGCCUUCCGGUGCUGGCAAGUCAACCAUCAUGUCGUUGGUCCAACGCAUGUACCGGCCAACGGGCGGAACUGUCGAGAUUGAUGGUGUUGAUAUUUGCGCACGUGAAGGAACCGAAUUCCGUAACGAUAUAGCAGUUGUGCCUCAAGAUUGUGCUCUCUUUGACGGGACAAUCCGGUUCAAUGUUGCGCUAGGUUCAACUCCUGAUCACGAGCCCACAGACGAAGAGAUCCAUGAAGCUUGCAAGCUAGCCAACAUCCACAGCGUUAUUAUGGAGUUGCCCGACGGUUAUGAUACCGAAUGCGGGCCCAACGGCUCGCGGCUCUCUGGCGGUCAGCGUCAACGGCUAGCGAUUGCGCGUGCCCUUGUGCGUAAGCCUAAGCUACUGUUGCUUGACGAGAGCACGAGCGCGCUAGACGCCGAGAGUGAACGAGCUUUGCAAGAGGGACUAGAACGUGUAGCACGCGGUAUCACUAUGAUUGCCAUCACACAUAGGCUUCACACAGUGCGCAAGGCGGAUGUCAUCUUUAUGAUUGAAGGGGGUAAGGUGGUGGAAAAGGGUCGGCAUGAGGAACUGGUAGAAAGGAGCGAGACAUAUCGUACAAAUGCCCUGCAGCAGAUGCUGGGAAACUACCUCAAAGUCGCAACCAUUCCCUCCCAGUCCCCCCUCGAUAAUCCCUCCUCUGUUCCUGGCGUUACCCCUACUACAAUUCAAACCCGCCUCGACCACGCCCAAUCGACCCGAGGAGGGAGUGCUUCUGCCUCUCUGUUAGACGACCCAGACCCGGUACCACGACAGCAGUACCAACGCGACACUACCGCAAAUACGAGCGAGCAAUUCGAGCUUGUCGAUUACCCUCCCAUCCAGGCUCGAAGAGACGCCGCAGACCGCGAGGCUAGAAGAAAAGAGAAACGAGACGAAAAGCGCCGCUGGCUUCAAGAACAAGACGAGAUGAAGUUCUCGCACAGUAUCCAGUUCAAUGCUGUUCCAGAUUGGAGCAGCCAUUACAUUGCUUACAGCAACCUCAAGAAACUAAUCUACCAUCUUGAAAAGAAUGCCCACCAAGCUCGCGGAAGUACCGGUGACGCCGAAUCGCGACCUCUCAUCAACCAAGAAGAUGCCGAAGAAGUUUUCUCCAGGGCUCUGGGCGUCGAGCUCGAAAAGAUCUGCUCCUUUUAUGUUUCCAAAGAAGGCGAGCUCCUCGAAGAGGCUGCGCAACUCUUACGUGACGUUGGUGACGAGGCAGAAGAUGCCAUUGCCGACAACCGUUACCUACGCCGGCUCUCUGUGUCGUCUGCCAACAACCGAGCCGAAGGUCGAAAUGGUUUCCGCUCAAGAAGCCCGAGAAGUCGUAGUAGCGACAACGAAGAGAGCGGAAGCGAAGAGGAAGAUGAGACUACCGGUUUGACAACCAGGCGACGAAGCAGCGGAGGCCGAAGACGAACCAUCCCCAGCAUAAACAAGCCGCGCUCCGAGGAUUUGAAUGCAUCCACCGAUCUUGGCCGGGAUAUGAGGAGGCUUAGCACUGCUGCAGAUGAGAAUGAGGAAAACCUCAUGUUCUCCUCAGGCAUAUUUUCAUCAGCCAUUAUGCUUAAGAAGCGCAUCAUUGGCCUUUAUGUAUCACUAUGUGAGCUGAAGUCAUUCAUUCAACUCAACAGGACAGGUUUCACCAAGGUACUCAAGAAGUUUGACAAGAUUCUCGACAAGGAGUUGAAGGGACCAUACCUACGCGCCCAUGUCGAGACCGCCUACCCGUUCAAGGAUGAAACUAAGCGUGUGCUUGAGGAGAACAUCGCCAAGAUGGAAAAGGCCUUUGCUGAAAUUGUCACGGGCGGAGAUGAAGCGCUGGCCCGCAAGGAUCUUCGUUCGCAUCUUAGAGAACACGUUGUGUGGGAGCGCAACACUGUCUGGCGAGAUCUCAUUGGCAUAGAACGAAGAGCCGAGGCAGCUGGCUUGGGACAGGCAUUACUUGGUCAAGAGAGAGGCAAUGUAACAAGGAGGUUGCAGGGCGACGAGGCCAAGGGAGCCCAGAUCACACAGUUCCGUACACCUUUUGGAAGAGUUACCUUGCCUCCAUGGCUUGCCAGCUCGUCUCUUUGGACCUUAAUUGCAUGUUUGACCGUGUUUGCCCUGCUACUCUUACUCCCUAUAAUGGAGAAGCCUGAGCAGCAGAACUGUCUGGCAAUGCUUGUCUUUGUCAGUCUACUAUGGGCCACCGAGACCAUCCCUCUAUUCGUGACUUCACUACUGAUUCCUUUCCUCUCUGUGGUCUUGAACGUGGUUCGCGAUGAGACCCCUGGUAAGCCUCAGAAGCGCCUUGGAUCCAAGGAAGCAACCUCUGCCAUUUUCGCUGCUAUGUGGACGCCUGUCAUCAUGCUUCUUCUUGGUGGUUUCACCCUGGCAGCGGCUUUGUCCAAGUGCACUAUCGACAAGCGACUAGCUACGCUUGUCCUUAGUAAGGCCGGUACACAACCAAAAACUGUCCUGAUCGCCAACAUGUUUGUGGCCGCUUUUGCGUCCAUGUUGAUUAGCAACGUUGCUGCCCCAGUCCUUUGCUACUCAAUCAUUGAGCCCAUGCUUCGAACCUUGCCAUCAGACUCCAACAUGUCAAAGGCGGUCAUUAUCGGCAUUGCCCUUGCAUCCAACAUCGGCGGAAUGCUGUCUCCUAUCGCAUCUCCUCAAAACGUGGUGGCUAUGGGUAUCAUGCAGCCCGCGCCCACAUGGCUCCAGUGGUUCUUUAUCGUUAUUCCUGUUGGAACUGUAUCGAUCGUUCUGAUCUGGCUCAUCCUUCUGGUGACAUUCCAGCCAGGUAAGGGCACUACAAUUGCGCCCAUUCGCCCUGUCAAGGAGAAGUUCACUGCUCUACAGUGGUUUGUCACUAUCGUCACAAUUUCUACCAUUGCUUUGUGGUGCGCCAGCCACCAGCUAGAAGCCGAGUUUGGAGAUAUGGGUGUCAUUGCCAUUAUCCCUAUUGUUCUCUUCUUUGGUAUUGGUUUGUUGACCAAGGAGGACUUCAACAACUUCCCAUGGACCAUUAUCAUCCUCGCUGCCGGUGGAUUGUCCCUGGGUAAAGCUGUUCGAUCGUCUGGUCUUCUGCACACUCUUGCCGAGAUCGUCUCUGAAAAGGUGGAAGGCAUGAGUUUGUAUGGUGUUUUGGUCGUCUUCUCGACUCUGAUCUUGGUUAUCGCGACCUUUAUCAGCCACACUGUCGCUGCUCUGAUCUUCCUCCCCCUUGUCUUCGAUGUCGGUGCUGCCAUGGAUCAGCCUCACCCCAACCUCCUCGUCAUGGGCGGUGUUCUCAUGUGCAGUGCCGCCAUGGGCUUGCCAACCAGUGGUUUCCCCAAUAUGACUGCGAUCAUGAAGGAAGACCCCUUCGGUCAGCGAUAUUUGCAGGUCAAGCACUUCAUCAGCCGUGGUGUGCCCAGCAGUCUCAUUACCCUCAUCGUGGUGGUCACCCUUGGAUAUGGAAUUAUGCAAGUCGCUGGACUUGACUAG